AUGGCAUCUCUUCAUCAUUACAGUCUUGCCGAGAAGGAAGGCAGGCAGGCAGGCAGGCCAGCCUUCCGUCGCCAUCAGCCCUCCCUCCCCCAGCUGGCCCCACUUUCCCCAUCAAUUAGCAACCAUUAGCUCCCCAGCACGUACCAGAGCUUCAGGAGCAGCCCCGCGCUCGGCCGUGGCUGGGACCCUGCGGCCAAGCAGCCCAGCUGGAAGCAGAGCAAGAGCGGCGGCAUCAGUCCCUUCCUCGGGGGACCCUUCACGCCGCUGCCCUCCGAGUACCUGGACAGCUACCGGCGGGCGCAGCUCCAGGCGCUGCUGUCGCAGAUGGGCCCCGCGCUGGCGCCGCGGCCGCGCCGGGCCAGCACGAAGGAGGCGGCGGUGCAGGUGAGCCUGCGGGCCGACGCGGCCGUGCAGUGCUCGCUGGGGCCGCGCACGCUGCCGCCCACCCGCGCCUUCGGCCCCGCCGCGCUGCGCGCCCCGGGACGCCUCGCCCUCUACUCACCCGCGCCCGACCGCCGCUUCUUCGCGCUGCCCGAGGCCGCGCCGCCGCUGGAGAAGGCAGCGCCGUCCGAAGCGCCGGCUGAUGAGACCCCGACGGCGGACGGCGGCGAGGAGCAGCAGGAGGGCCCGGCGGGGGCCGCGCUGCCGCCGCGCCAGGAGCCGGUGGGGACGCGGCGGGAGGAGACCGGGGCUCCCAGGCAGCGAGCUGCCUUCCAGUUCUUGGAGCAGAAGUAUGGCUAUUUCCACUGCAAAGACUGCAAGACCAGAUGGGAGAGUGCUUAUGUGUGGUGCAUUUCUGGAAGCAACAAGGUGUACUUCAAGCAGCUCUGUCGCAAAUGCCAAAAGGGCUUCAAUCCCUAUCGUGUGGAAGCAAUCCAGUGCCAAAUCUGUUCCAAGACUCGUUGUUCUUGCCCUCAGAAGAAGAGACAUAUUGAUCUCAAGAGGCCUCAUCGCCAAGAACUCUGUGGCCGCUGCAGAGGCAAAAGGCUGUCCUGUGACAGCACUUACAGCUUCAAAUACAUUGUCUGAUCCAUGUGUCCUUUUCUGUUUUGUGCUUUGCACAGUCUGUCUAUUGCAAUGUUUUGACUUAAGGCUUUUGACCUGGCAUUGGAUAAUGGAUGAAG